AUGCCAAGACCUCCAUCCCAAGACCUGCAAGCCAGACCACCAAGCCAGACCUCCAUGCCAAGACCACCAAGCCAGACCUCCAUGCCAAGACCACCAAACCAGACCACCAAGCCAGACCUCCAUGCCAAGACUCCAUGCCAAGACCACCAAGCCAGACCACCAAGCCAGACCUCCAUGCCAAGACCUCUAAGCCAAGACCUCCAAGCCAGACCACCAAGCCAGACCACCAAGCCAGACCUCCAUGCCAAGACCUCCAAGCCAGACCACAAAGCCAGACCACCAAGCCAGACCUCCAUGCCAAGACCUCCAAACCAGACCACCAAGCCAGAUCUCCAUGCCAAGACCUCCAUCCCAAGACCUCCAUGCCAAGACCUCCAAGCCAAGACCUCCAUGCCAAGACCUCCAAGCCAGACCACCAAGCCAGACCUCCAUGCCAAGAUCUCCAUGCCAAGACCACCAAACCAGACCACCAAGCCAGAUCUCCAUGCCAAGAUCUCCAUCCCAAGACCUCCAAGCCAUACCUCCAAGCCAGACCACCAAGCCAGACCUCCAUGCCAAGACCUCCAUGCCAAGACCUCCAUGCCAAGACCUCCAAGCCAUACCUCCCAAGUCAGACCUCCAGGCCAAGACCUCCUGGCUCUCAGGAAUAACCCCUAUGCCCUGGUGUUUGUUCUGACCAGUUCUUGGAUGCUGGAGAGGAUACCUACACCAGACCACCAUCCUCAGUGA